CAAACUCUGACAGGAGGUCUAUAAAAACUGCGUGUUCCCAAAGGUUCGUCCUAUUCAGCAGCUGCUGCCUCGAUCACAGCUUCUGAUCCCUAAGAGGCCUCUCCUCUCCCAAACUACUAGUCACCAUGGCCUACCGAUUUCCAGCCCUCACCUCAGAACAGAAGAAGGAGCUCUCCGAAAUUGCACAGCGCAUUGUUGCCCAUGGGAAGGGGAUCCUGGCUGCAGAUGAGUCUGUAGGCACCAUGGGAAACCGCCUGCAAAGGAUCAAGGUGGAGAACACAGAGGAGAAUCGCCGACAGUUCCGAGAAAUCCUCUUCACUGUGGACACCUCCAUCAACCAGAGCAUCGGGGGUGUGAUCCUGUUCCAUGAGACCCUCUACCAGAAGGACAGCCAGGGAAAGCUGUUCAGAAACAUCCUCAAGGAAAAGGGGAUCGUGGUGGGAAUCAAGUUAGACCAGGGAGGAGCUCCCCUUGCAGGAACCAACAAAGAAACCACCAUUCAAGGACUUGAUGGCCUCUCUGAGCGCUGUGCUCAGUACAAGAGAGAUGGUGCUGACUUUGGGAAAUGGCGUGCUGUGCUGAGGAUUGACAACCAGUGUCCAUCCAGCCUUGCCAUCCAGGAAAAUGCCAACGCCCUGGCCCGCUAUGCCAGCAUCUGUCAGCAGAAUGGGCUGGUACCCAUUGUUGAACCAGAGGUCAUUCCUGAUGGAGACCAUGACUUGGAACACUGCCAAUAUGUUACUGAGAAGGUCCUGGCUGCUGUCUACAAGGCCCUGAAUGACCAUCACGUUUACCUGGAGGGCACCCUGCUGAAGCCCAACAUGGUGACUGCUGGACACGCCUGCACCAAAAAGUAUACUCCGGAACAAGUGGCUAUGGCCACCGUCACAGCUCUCCACCGGACCGUUCCCGCAGCUGUUCCCGGCAUCUGUUUCUUGUCUGGUGGCAUGAGUGAAGAGGAUGCUACACUCAACCUCAAUGCUAUCAACCUUUGCCCUCUACCAAAGCCUUGGAAACUGAGUUUCUCCUAUGGACGGGCCCUGCAGGCCAGUGCACUGGCUGCCUGGGGUGGCAAGGCUGCCAACAAGAAGGCAACCCAGGAGGCUUUCAUGAAGCGGGCCGUGGCUAACUGCCAGGCAGCCCAAGGACAGUAUGUUCACACAGGCUCUUCUGGCACUACUUCUACUCAGUCCCUCUUCACAGCCUGCUACACCUACUAGACCCCCAGGCCCCCCAGCCGGCCUCCAGCUCUUCUGGGUGCCUUGGUGGGAGAGCUGAAAGAGAACAACUUUUCUACUGUCCCUAGAAAUUAGACAAAAUCAGAUCGGAACUACUGGAAACACAACACAUGCUAAAUUCUUAGACAAAACAGAAAAAAAAAAAAAAUCAGUUCCUGAAACGUAGGUGUGAAUAUCAAGGAUCUGACGAAAUUUCAUGCAAUUUCCUUGCAAGAGCUCCAGCUCCCCAGGCCCCAGGGUAUCCACCUAAGAAAAGAACAGACUUGAAAACAAACCAACUCUCCAUUUGAAUAACGACCACCAGAUAUAACACCUCAGAAGCUGAGUGUGGAGAAGUGUGUCUUAUUUAACAAUCGUAGCAGUGGUAUGAUUAUGCAGUGGUUAUGAAGGAGGCAACUGUAGCCGACAAAGAAAUAAAAUGUUCUAGAAGCCUCCAGCUGGUAUCGGGUUUUACUUUCUGCUCCUGCUUCCAAAGGGCUCAGUAUAGUUUCUGACCUUUGCCUCCACAAGACUUGACUGACAUUAAUGGUCAGGGUCCUCAACUUGGGCUACUCACUGAAAUCAUCUGCCCAAAAUGUAAAAACCCAGAUGUUCAGGCCACGCUCAAGCCCAGUUAAAUCAGAAACGCUGGAUGUGGGAUCCUCUAAAUGUCAGGGUUUCUUAACAGCUUCUUUGAUGAUU